AUGUCCUUCCGCUUAGGAGCUCGGUACCUUGCUCAGGUGCCCCGUCUGGCCGGCUCUGCCGUUACGCGGGUCGCCUUCACCGCUCCCCGCGCUCGCCGUACCGCCCUCCCAGCUCUUGCAGCCCACGCUCGCUUUGUCUCAAGCACACCUCACGGAGAUCCCGGUGUCGACCCAUCUAUCGCUGUCAGGGACAUGACGGACGAGGAAUAUCAUGACGUUGCGGAUGAGGACAUGGACCAGCUUCACGAGGCGCUUGAGGACCUCGUCGAGAACUUCUCCAAGGACUGGGAGGUCGAGUAUAGCCAACCGCCCAACCACCAGAUCUGGGUGUCCUCGCCCGUCUCUGGACCGAGCCGCUAUUCCAUGUCCCCCGACGGCAUCUGGGUCCACCACCGCCGGAAGGGCAUUCAGCUUGGGGCUCUGCUUGAGAAGGAACUUCGAGAGUUCCUCAAGGAGACGGGCGCAGGAGAGGAGUGGGACGGAGUCAGACUCAAGUAG